AUGUCUGUCGCUCGCAUCAACGCCGUCUUUUGCUCGCUGUGGAUCAUCCUCUUUGUAUUCUCUUCUUUCUUCUCCUACGAUGAUCCCUCGUCCAUCUUCUUCAAUGCCGAGAGAGCCUACAAACAGCGCUUCUCUAGCGUGAGGGCAGCUGAGGCAGACGCCUACAUCAGGAAUCCGCCCGCGAGAGUCAUACCGAACAAACCCGUCGACAAGCUGCUGUGCAUCGGCAUUCCAAGCGUCAAUCGCACCACCGAAUCGUUCCUUUCCUCCACGAUUGCUACACUAUCCGAUACACUAACACCGGAAGAGCGGGCAUCAAUACGCAUUGUUGUGCUACUGGCCGAUAAAUCGCCUUCGGAACACUUCGCAUAUGGCCAGCCGUGGCUCGAGCCGCUUGUCGACGAAGUUCUCCUGUACGGGGAGCCUCCGAUGGGAAGCUCUGUAUACCGUCGCAUACCCUUCGACUUGAAGGAGGGAAAUACUCGCGGUGAUGGUCGCGUCGAGAACAUGAGACUUGAUCACUCAGCACUAGUGGAAGCGUGCAGAGAGCAAGAGUAUCCCUACUUUGCCUUGGUGGAAGAUGACAUUGUCACGACCCGCGACUGGUUUCCGAGGUUCAAAAAAGGCCUUGCGUACGUCGAACGAAAGACCGAAGAGACCAAGAAGGAGUGGAUAUACCUGAGACUGUUCUAUUCAGAAAUCCUGAUGGGAUGGAACAACGAGGAAUGGCUGUCGUACUCCAAGGUCAUCUGCCUGGUGUACACCGCUGUGCUCGUCAUGUUCCUGGUGGGACGAAAAUAUGUGCGUGUUGGUGUUUCCUCCAGCGUUUCGCCGCACGCGCAGCGCUAUCUUGCAGCUCUCCUCUUCGGUCUCUGGCUGCCCGCUCUUAUAGCCCUGUAUUUUCUCUCGGGUCGUCUUUCUGUUAACAGACUGAAUCCCUUCAGAUUGAGCGCGUUGCAUGGAGCUCGCGAGAUGCCGCAUUACGGCUGUUGUGCUCAGGGACUUGUCCUUCCUCAGCGCCACUUGGCAGACUUUCAGGUGUUGUUGAGAGACCCGCCGUACGACUUUCCUGGGGAUAUGAUACUGGAGGAUUAUGCUGAAGCCCGUGGAUGGGUUAAAUGGGCAUUGGAGCCUAGUGUAUUUCAGCACGUCGGGUUCAAGGAGUCUUCUGAUGGAACACGCAGGGCGGAAGUCUGGAACUUUGGGUUUGAAAGGCUAUAUAGGAUAUAA